AUGGUGCAGGGAGUCGAGGGACACUUCGACCGUGAUACUUGCUCAGCAAAAACCACAGAUCCUAGCAGCAGCAUUGGUGGACCCAAGGUUGACACCAAAGCUGAAAGCAAGGCCGCGGAGGAAUGGAUCCAAAUUUUUGUCAAGACCCUAAGUAGCAAAACUAUCACCCUCCCUGUCAAGAAUUUGGACACCAUUCGGACUAUCAAGUCCAAGAUCCAGGACAAGGAGGGUAUUCCCCUAGAACUGCAGGGGCUCAUCUUUGCUGGCAAGCAGCUUGAGGAUGGCCGCACAUUGGCAUAUUAUAACAUUGGGAAAGAAAGCACAGUGCACUUGGUCGUUGGUCUUCUUGGUGGCCAGAACUCUGACUCCACCAGGAACUCAAGUAUGGAGGAAGGUGUGGCUGUCCACUCAUUCAUAACACAACCAUGCGACCUGGAACUGUUACAAAGGUGGGUUGGACCUAGAAUUAUUAACGGGAUAACACACCCAUCGGCCUAUGAUGUGGAUAUAUACUCUACUGCCCCUUCAGUCCUUGCCACGCAGUACUCAGCGGUCAGAGCAGAUGACGGGUCUGAGGCUUGGUACUUUUUCACCCGUCUACGGCGUAAAGGUCGGAGUGGCAGUCGAGUAAACCGGUCUGUCGAUAUCGAUGGGGUGAUAUGGUCGUGGCACGGUGAACACAAAGCCAGGGCGGUACAUUCUGCGCCUAGAGAUGGCCACACAGUUGGUUAUCGGCGCCUUUUUUCUUUCUCACGGAAAGAUAAUGAGGAAAAUCUGAUAAGGGAUGGGUGGAUAAUGACUGAGUAUGGGCUGAAUGAAAAUGAGGCAAACGAGGUUGUUCUGUGUAAGAUAUAUCAGACGACUUACCACAGCAGAAAGCGACCUCGUCUUGAUCAUGCUAGUGGUGUUUUCAGCAAGCGGUGCCCUCCACAGCAGGCAUCUACAUCACAUACUGGUGUUGACCAGCAGGAGCCAAGCUUGAAAGCAAUAAGUUCAAGAUAUUUCACACCACUGCAUCCUCGUAAUGACCAGCUUAUUGCCAACUUUCUCCAGCCUAGACAGUUGUCUGGUGUGGUAAUACACGAGGUGUUCAAUGUUUAUGAGCUUUCCCCAGUGGAGUUGAUUAAGAAAUAUCCAGCCACAAUAAAUGCUGAAGGCAUACCAACCUGGUACUUCUACACCUGCAGCUAUGUGGAAGGAGCAGUUAUUUCAGAAACAGGACGAUGGUCAUCCCAGUUAGAGCCUAUACAAUUUGUUCAUGAUUCUUAUGGCGAGGUCCUUGGACAUGUCCAACGUAUCAAUUUUUUUGAAUCAAUGGACAAGUCAAGUGAGGAUCUUUUGUUCUCUGGCUACACAAUGUCUGAGUUUUCUGGUAAAAACAGCCAGCUUGAUGAUAUUGUGUUAUGCACGAUGGGUCUUCCAAAGAAAAGUGCUCAAAAAUUUUAUGUGAAAGCAGUUGAGAGGCCUCAGGUCAAAACCUCUUGA